AUGUCCAUGUGGACUCUUAUUACUGCCUCCAUGGAUUCGACACUUCGUAUAUGGGAUCUUCGAACUUUACAGUGUCUUCGUGUGUUCCGUUCGAAGCACUCACUCACAUGUGUCUCCCAAUCUAACGCUGCAGGAGUAGUUUGUGCAAGAACAUCCUUUGGUGGUCUCUACAUCUGGGAUGUGAAGACUGGAGAGCUUAUUCUUCAGGAUGACGCUGCUAUGCCUCAGAAUGCUAGUUUUAUGUACAUGGACGAGAAAUAUAUCGGAUAUGGCCAGUGCGAUGGAGGCGUCACUGUAUUCGACUGGAGUUCGAGAACCUCUCUAGAGGUUGUGGGCAGUCAUCAUGUACAUGAAGGCGAUCGUAUCGGCGGUACGGGCAAAGCAUUUGAUCAGGAAAAGCAGAAUAUUCCUACACGCUUCCCUAAACCUACUAGUAUUUAUUGUUUGCCACGAACAUACCGCCAAUUGGAGCAUGGCACGACCUCUGCACGCGACUCUUAUGGCGUCUUUUUGCUUAACAACUGCACACAUCUUCACGAGAUUGCAGUUUAUACCCGGGCGACCAAGCAAGUCAAGCAGAUUAAUGGACCAGCGGUUGAUACGAUCCUGACAAAUGCUAUGCGAGGGAGGUUUUACACAACCAUGGAAUGCAACAUGCAUUGUGCAGUGGUUAGUUCUGGCAACGUGGUUUAUGUCAUUUCUUUUUUACCUUCAGACCUAUAG